CAGGAGCAGACGGAGCAGAGAGAGGUGCCGCUCCGGGAGAGCUGCGGCCGUCGCAUCCUCCGAUAACAAACGCGGACAGAGGGCACGUCUUUGUCUGGGACCACGAUCAGCAGGAGAGCAGCGGACACCUCUCAUCUGAGCUCCGCGCUUUUACCGUGUCUCCGGGAUUAUGGUGUUUGACGUUGAGGGAGCAUCAUCCGGUCACGAUCGUGUGUUUACAUCGGAACCUUGACCACAGCAGAAGUUAUCUGGGAGACUCGUGGGGACGCACCGCAGAGCGCGGAUCCCGGGUUUUGCAUGUUUCGGUUGCUCGGAGCGUGUGGUCCGGGUGGAAACGCGUUUACAGUGAUUCUAAGGUCUAAACUGUUUCCAUCAAAGUUGCGUCUCUUUGUCCUGCAGCUUGUUCCGCGUCGCUCGGCAUUUUCUGACAGUGCGUAAAUACUGUUUUCCUGCGCCUUUUUCACAGGCGUCACAGGUAGGCUACCUGAGCCUACACACAGCACUGCUGAUGACAACGGAUCACCUCACAGCGUAGGGUGACAGUUUCGUUCUCUCCUUCGGGACUGCAGCCUCUCUAAAGGACGCUCCUCGCCCAUCAUGGAUGAUGUUGGGGGUAUACAUCUAUGCACCUGGACCAAGUCGUCCAAAAAGAGCGCACGGGACGUCUUGAAAACAUACCUGGGAAUGUUAGUGAUGCUCCAUCUCGUGCUCCAUACGGAAGCCUCGUCGGCGUCAAAGUCCUGCGAUAAAAACUGUUUUUCGGGGAAGUGCAUCAACGGGACCUGCGUGUGUGACCACGGGUGGGUCGGAGAUCAGUGCCAGCACUGUCAGGGAAGAUUCAAAUUAACAGACCUGUCCGGCUCUCUCACAGAUGGACCAGUAAACUAUAAAUACAAGACCAAAUGCACUUGGCUAAUAGAAGGAUAUCCUAAUGCAGUACUCAGGCUGCGCUUCAAUCACUUUGCCACAGAGUGCAGCUGGGACCACAUGUACGUCUAUGAUGGAGACUCCAUUUACGCCCCUUUGAUUGCUGUCUUCAGCGGUCUAGUGGUACCAGAGACCAGGGGUAAUGAGACAGUCCCAGAGGUAGUGACGACGUCUGGCUAUGCUCUGCUUCACUUCUUCAGCGAUGCUGCCUACAACCUGACCGGCUUCACCAUCACCUACUCGAUAAACUCUUGUCCCAACAACUGUUCGGGCCACGGCAGAUGCAGCACGGCGAACUCGGUCUCCGGUCGCGUGUACUGUGAGUGUGAGGAGUACUGGAAAGGAGAAGCCUGCGACAUCCCGUACUGCAGAGACAACUGUGGCAGCCCGGAUCACGGCUACUGUGACCUGACUGGAGAAAAGCUCUGUGUCUGCAACGACAGCUGGCAAGGUCCCGACUGCUCUCUGUCUGUCCCGUCCACUGAGGCCUUCUGGGUGCUGCCCAGCAUCAAACCAUCGGCACAGUCUUUGGGUCGGGCAUCCCAUCAGGCCCUGGUGCACUCUGGGCUGAUGUGGGUGGUGGGAGGCUACUCCUUUAACUACUCCAACUACCACAUGGUUCUCAACUACAACCUGGAGACCAGUACCUGGGACACGGUGCCUGUCAGCAGCGGUCCUCUCUACAGAUACGGACACUCACUGGCUCUGUACCAGGACAACAUCUACAUGUUCGGCGGGAAGCUGGAAGCAGGAUCGGCUAAUGUGACAGACGAGAUGUGGGUGUUCAACGUCCCCAGGUGCACCUGGUCACCACGGAAACCUGCCCCACCUCCCCCCUACGCCCUGGAGGGACACACUGCCCACGUGGUGGAGCUGGCCGACGGCGAACCAGUGAUGCUGGUCUUCUUUGGCUACUCGCCGAUCUACAGCUACAUCAACAAAGUUCAGGAGUACAACCUCAGGUCGAACUCGUGGCAGGUUGUGUCUGCUGGAGGCGCGGUGGUGCAGGGAGGUUACGGCCACAGCAGCGUGUACGAUGAGGCCAGCGGCUGCGUGUUCAUUCACGGGGGAUACAAGGCACUUAACAACAACAAGUACGGCCUGGUGGACCACAUGUACCGCUACCACAUCCACACGAGGACAUGGCUGAUCCUCAGAGAGAGUGGCUUGGCGCGGUACCUCCACUCUGCGGCGCUGCUGAGCGGUACAGUUCUGGUUUUUGGGGGAAACACUCACAAUGACACGUCGCUAAGCAACGGAGCCAAGUGCUUUUCUGCUGACUUCCUGGCGUAUGAUAUCGCUUGUGAUGAGUGGACUGUCCUCCCCAGACCAGGGCUGCACCGGGACGUCAACCGCUUUGGUCACUCUGCUGUGGUUAGCAACGGCUCCAUGUACAUCUUUGGAGGUUUUUCCGGCCUCCUUCUGAACGAUGUGCUGGCCUACACCCCCCCGUCCUGCCAGGCCUUUUCUAACCCGGCUCUCUGUGCUGCUGCCGGACCGGGCCUUCGCUGCCACUGGGUCAAAAGUUUGUGUGUCCCCUGGGAGCCAGAACCACCUGACCACGCUCUGCCCGCUCCGUUUUGCCCUGCUCGACCUGACAGUACGGACGAGCAGUGUUUCCACUUCUCAGACUGUGCGAGCUGCACUGCCAACACCUGGGGCUGCCAGUGGUGUGAGGAGAGGAAGUGCAUCUCUGCAUCCAGCAACUGUACAGUGCUGACUCUGGAGCUGGCCCGGCAGCAUGGCGGCGCUCUGUCUCUGUCUCCCCCUCCGUCCAUGUUGUCUGAACAUCAGCUGAGCUUGUGGAAGCACGGAGCCCGAAGGAGAGGACAUUUGGUGAGAGACUCGUCCAGGUGUACGCGCAGAGAGGAGCAGGAGUGUUUCAGACUGGCCAACUGCAGGAGCUGCUCUCUCAAUGUCAACUGUCAGUGGGAGCAGCAGCAGCAGGAGUGUCAAGCUCUGCCCGGCCAGCUGUGUGGAGAGGGCUGGCACCAUGUGGAGGACGCCUGCCUGAGGAUCAACUCCAGCAGAGAGAGCUACGAUAACGCCCAGCACUACUGUAAAAACCUCGGAGGAAACAUUGCAUCUUUGCUCACAGACAAACAAGUCAAUUUUGUUCUGGAAGAGCUACAGAAGCACCAGCUUCAGGACAAGGGGUUAUCUCCGUGGGUUGGCCUGAGGAAGAUCAACGUGUCGUACUGGGGCUGGGAGGACGCGUCACCCUUCACCAACACCAGCCUGCGAUGGUUACCAGGAGAGCCCAGCGACUCGGGCUUCUGUGCCUACCUGGAGCGGGCACAGGUGGCUGGACUCAAAGCCAACCCCUGCACCGCCACCACGGACGGCCUGAUCUGUGAGAAACCUGCCGGGAGUCCGCAGAGUCAGAGUUCUCGUCCCUGUAAGACUCCCUGCGCUUUGCGCACCAGCUGUGCCAACUGUACCAGCCAGGCCAUGGAGUGCAUGUGGUGUGGCAGUGCGCAGCGCUGCGUCGACUCCUCGGCGUACGUCAUCUCCUUCCCCUACGGCCAGUGUCUGGAAUGGCAAACGCAAGACUGCACCGCUCAGAACUGUUCAGGCCUGCGGACGUGUUCGGAGUGCCAGGAGAGAGCCGAGUGUGGCUGGUGUGGUGAUCCCAGUAACACCGGUAGGGGAGUUUGCAUGGAGGGCUCGUACCGUGGGCCUCUGAGGCCUGCAAACGCCAGGGCUGCGUCCCGAGACCGGGACAGACUGCGAGACAGGGACAUGGUCCUGGACCAGAGUCUCUGUACAUCUGAUAAAGGCUAUAACUGGGCCUUUAUCCAGUGUCCGGCGUGUCAGUGUAAUGGUCACAGCAGGUGUGUGAACGGCAGUGUGUGCGAGCACUGUGGGAACCUGACAGCAGGGACACACUGCCAGAGCUGCAUUCCCGGUUACUACGGCGACCCCAUCAAUGGAGGGAAAUGCAACGCAUGUAAGUGUAACGGCCAUGCCAGCGUGUGCCAUGUCAACACGGGGAAGUGCUUCUGCACCACCAAAGGCAUCAAGGGAGACCAGUGUCAACUAUGUGACUCAGAGAACCGUUACCUGGGAAACCCUCUCCGAGGAACAUGUUAUUACAACCUGUUGAUCGAUUACCAGUUUACCUUCAGUUUGCUUCAGGAGGAUGAUCGCUACUACACCGCGAUCAACUUCAUGGCUACACCUGAACAGGCCAACAAAAAUCUUGACAUGUCCAUCAAUGCCUCCAACAACUUCAACCUCAACAUCACCUGGUCCUUAAGCUCAACAGCCGGUACCAUCUCAGGUGAGGAGAUGCCCAUCGUAGCUAGGACCAACAUCAAGGAGCACAGGGACAGCCUCUCCUGUGAGAAGUUCAACUUCAGACUUCACCACAACAUCACCUUCUUCGUCUAUGUGUCCAACUUCACCUGGCCAAUCAAGAUCCAGAUUGCUUUCUCUCAGCACAACAGCAUCAUGGACCUGGUGCAGUUCUUUGUCACGUUCUUCAGCUGUUUCCUGUCUCUGUUGCUCGUAGCAGCUGUGGUGUGGAAAAUCAAACAGACCUGCUGGGCCUCACGACGACGAGAGCAGCUGAUGAGAGAGCGACAGCAGAUGGCCAGUCGUCCCUUCGCUUCGGUUGCUGUAGCGCUGGAGGUGGGCGGUGACCAAGAGGAGCUGCUACAGGCAGUGCCAAAGCCCAUAGCCAUGGAGCCAUGCUGGGGGAGCAGAGCAGGUGUUCUGACGGUGCUGCUGUACCUGCCCAGAGUCCCAUCUGGAAUACCUCCACCUGGACAGUCUGGUAUUGCUAUAGCCAGCGCUUUGGUAGACACAUCACAGCAGCGAGUGAUGGACUUCAAGGAACGAGGCCUUGGUCUCAAGCACCGCAAACACACCGUGCACCACCAAGGGACCUGUGUAUGAAGUGGAUGCCCUCGACGAGAUGACAACACAUCCAUGUGUCCACGGGGGGAUUUCAGUGGAGCCACUGACUUCAGGUAUGAGGAAACACUGUCAGCAAAGCAAAGCCUGCAAAAAUUGGGUCUGGACGAUCUUUGGUCUUGCAGUAGCUUGGAAAGAGGACAGGAAUGGACGGGAGUGGGGAUGCAACUACUGUCAGACUGGGAAAAUUGAACUUGUGAUCCCCUUCUUCCCUGGAUUAGAUGGAAAACUUCCACAUGCUCUUUUUUGUCCCCUGUGUGUGUAUGUUGGUCCUGAUGAGCCACAAAAACAACAAUUGGAAAACUAAUUGCAGAUGGACAAUGAGAAUGUGUUCCUCCUUCCUAGCUUUGGUCAGAUAUUCGCUGUGAGACCUGAAAGACUUUGUCUGCUCCUCUGUCAUGUAAUUUGCCAUAUUGACGGAGGAAAACACUUGUUUUUCACCAAUAAACCAAACUAAUUGGUUUCGAGUCCAGUGGAAGGUAUUAAGCUAAAAUAAAGUCGUUUGGACUUACAAACCCACUCAGACUCAGGACUGACGCUGGAAAGAACAACAUGGACCUGAUUAGAUCAAUGUAAAACACUGUAGUGGGUGAUGGUCUGUAAACCUCCUCUGAGACUUUUAAAGACUACUGUGGCUGAGACGCUGAGGAACUGCAUCUUACUACAAAGAUCUUUGGAUCUGUUAAAACUGUUAAAAAUAAAACGUCCUUUAAGGAAUAAAUUAGAUUUCUGUUUUUCCCUGAACAAACAUUUGAAGUCCUACAUUUUGAUCUCUGCUCAGGUCCUCUGGAAUGGAAAGGUCCAUUAUCUGUAGCUGUGGGCCUUCUACACAUCUGUAUAUGCACUAUAAGUGAAAUGCUUUACCAGUACAUUGGAUCCUCUGUGGGAUAAUAAUAUGCAACUGAUCAUCCAAAUGCAAUGUUUAUUCUGGGCUGCAAUGUAACCUCAAGGUCGGUAUCAAACACAUACUACUGAUGGUAUUCGUAUGCCUCUUAAUUCAUUCAUUACUGUGAAGCUGCAGUACACGUCUCUCCUCGUGACCCUCAGUAAAUGCCUGUUUAUUUGUGAUACACAAACAAACAUUUAUGUGACAUAUCUCCUUCUGUAAUAUUUAUUAAUUAUGCAAAUUACAGUUAAACAAUAAUUUAGCAAGUUUACAAGUGCACUACGGAUUUUUUUUUUUUUUUUAAUGAAGACUAAAUAAUUGACUUUAUAGAGCAGGUCUGUGCAGUAUUCCCUUUUUAUGCCUCUUCACUCCGUGUCUCCUUUUCCAGAUCUUAUGAUUUAUUUACAUAGCAAUUAUCAUAUUUAAUGUUUAUCAUAGUAAGUUUUAUGUGACGUCAAGUUUUUCCUUUUAUCAGAUGUGUUAAACCUCCAUUUAUUAUUGUUAAGUCACUUUUUAUCAACUGCACAUACACAGUAGACUUAUGUCUGUAUGCACAUGUAUUGUUGACAUAGCGAGUUUUCAUUCAGAUGUUUUGUCUCCAGGUAAUUUUGCACCAGUUUGUAGUUGAGACUAUUAUUAACAAAGGGCAGCUCACCUCACCGUUUUUGUCCAUAUGAGCAUAAAACUGUACAUUUACAAUUAAAACAUUUUGAUGCCUCUUUGAACGGUAAUUGGAACCGAUCCGCUGUGUGUUAUUACCUCUGCUUUUGUGGAACUGUAUUGAUGGAUGUUCUCAGGUUGUCAAUAAGGUCAGAUAACAAGCUCAGCCAACACUCUGGACUCCGACAUCCAA